AGAAACAGUUAUCAUCUCUUAACUGUGAACUGACAAAAUUCAAUGGCGUCACCACUAGUUUUCUGCUCUUCCACUGUAAAUCCCAAGUCCUUCUUUGCUUACCCAAACCUUACUUCCUUAACUAAUAAAAACAACAGAUCAAAUUCCAUUAUAUUUAGUUCUGUGAGUUCAAUUAGGGUAAAAAACUCGUUUCUUCAAUUCCCGUGCAUCUCAAGAACAAGAACAUAUUUUUCUCUUUCUAACUAUCAAGACUUAAACGAAGAUGAAGAAGGAGAUUUGGUUCAGGAUCUUAGAGUUCCUAGUCAUUGGUUAAUCCCUUCAAAUGCUCUUCAGGAAUCUGAGUGGCUUAAAGUAGUGUUGCAUAAAUGGUUAGACGAUGAAUAUUGCGUUGAAGAUACAAAUGUAGAAAUUAGUGAGGUUGCAGCCAGAUCAUACUAUGAAUCUUUGGUAGUUCGGAAAGAGGCAGACCUUGGGAUUAUCUUAUUAAAGAUGGCAAGAGAUUUAGAAUCUAUAUCUUAUCAGGAAAGCUUUCAUGGAGCCUUCUCAUCAGCAAACGCAGCGAUCCAGCUAAUCUCCCAACGCAUCGAGCAACAAUAAAUCUAGCUCCUAAAAAUACAAUGUGGAGAAAUCAUUCUCACCUUUGCUCUUGUCAGUAUGUUGCAUCUACUGUUCAACACUAUUCUCACUAGUUUUUUUUCUUUUGGGCCGUGUAUAUGAUGUACGGAAUCUGUCCAUUCUGUGUAACAAGUGUUUCAGUGAUUUCUCAAUUUAAUAUUGAUGAGAUUUUAAGAUUAGUGGCUAGCUAUGUAUUCAACCACUCAAAUGAAAAUAUCAAAUUAGUACUUGUGCAUC